UAUUCAUUAUAUAUAAAGAAAGAUAAUAUAAACAUGUAGCUCCAGCCCGAGUCUGCAAUGAGAGCAGGAGCCGGGUAAUUCCAGUUUGGCAGGAGCCCCGCAGUCCUCCCUCCCUCAGCCCUACUCUGUCCUGUACACACCUGAGUGAUGUCACAUUCCCAUCACUGUACAAUGGGGCUGUACUGGGAGGGAAGAGACACAGGAAGUGAGUGAGGGGAAUGGAGAAGACUUCAGGCUGAGGACUGAGCUUAUCUGCCCAGCGCACAGUAAUGUCCCCUGCAGGAUAAUGUGAGGGGCCCCUCCAGGCUGCACUACCCCUCUCUGUCCCGUCAGGGGCCCUUGGAGCACGCGGCAGUUUGUAGAAGCAACUUUAGCCAUGUCUCACCGGUAUUCAGAUCCUUCGGUGGGGGAGAAGUCCUACCUACUAUAUGAGAAGAAAAAAUAUCCAGAGCUUCAGGUCAAACCAACGAUAAACUCUUCAUUGCAGAGGAAAAGUUUGGAACCCGCGGAUAAUGCUUCUUACACUCCAGAUAAAACCCCUUCCCCAGUGGAAGCCCACAGAAUUAUUCUGAGCACAGAGAGCCCGGCUGCACGAAAGUUGGGAACCCAGCAGAUGAUUCCUAAAGGCUUAGCUAUAGCCACAAAAACCAAGGUCCCUAGGCAUCACAGCUUCGCAGCAACCACCUUCACCAAGGAGCUUUCCCGCAAUGAACCAAAACGCGUGUCUGCUCCGGACAUAGCUAUAGACUCUCCAGAGGAUGAGCUGGACAAUGCUGGCUCUUUAAAAAGGAAUUUUAGGAGUCAGUCUUAUAGGGCUGCUAUGAAAGGUUUUAAGGAUGAGGAUUCUGAGCCCUAUAAGCCUAUGUCCACUUUAAAGACUGUUUCGGAAGAUCCCAAUGCACCUCCCCCAAAAAGUCCUGGAAGAUCUAAGAAGACCUUUGGAAGGAAAAAAAUGCAAAGACACGCCGGUUCCUUUAAAGACGACCCCAGACUGUACCAGGAGUUCAGAGAGAGGGGGCUAAUUUCUAACAAUCUGGAAUCGGACGACGACCUGCUAGAAGAUAAUUCUGUCCAGGCUGAACCUCAACCCAGUGACAACAUUGUGGUUAGGAAUUACCGUCCUGCUCAGCUUAUCUGGAGUCAGCUUCCAGAGGUACAGGAACUUGGCAUUCUAGACAGCAUCUCACCUGAAGAACGCAAGAGACAAGAGGCGAUAUUUGAAAUUAUCACCUCAGAAUAUUCUUAUCAGCACAGUCUCGACAUCCUCGUCCGUUUCUUCAAGAAGUCUGAGGAACUGAAGCAAACUAUUAACGGCACAGAACAUCACCAUCUGUUCUCCAACAUUGCGGAUAUACUGGAAGUCAGCAAAAGAUUUUUUGAUGACUUGGAGAAACGGCACAAGGAUAAUCCUUUCAUCAACGACAUCAGCGACAUCGUGGAGAAUCACGCGCUCAACCACUUCCAGCCAUAUGUCAUUUACUGUUCCAAUGAAGUGUAUCAGCAGAGGACUCUCCAGAGGCUGAUAAACACAAAUGCUUCCUUCAAAGAAACCUUGAAGCAGCUUGAAAUGAAGCCAGAAUGCGGUUGUCUUCCCAUGAUUUCCUUCCUAAUUCUCCCCAUGCAGCGGGUUACCCGGCUCCCUCUACUGAUGGAUACUAUUUGCCAGAAAACGGAUGCUUACUCCCCAGAGUAUGAAGCGAGUACUCGAGCACUGAAAGCCAUCAGUAAGUUGGUAAAACAGUGCAAUGAGGGAGCACGGAAGAUGGAAAGAACCGAGCAGAUGUACACCUUACAGACGCAGCUCGAGUUUGGGAAAAUCAAGCCCUUCCCUCUGAUCUCUGCCUCCCGCUGGCUCCUGAAACGUGGAGAACUCACGCUUGUGGAAGAAUCCGGAAUUUUCCGAAAAGGCUUUGGAAGACCUUUAUGCUAUGUCUUUCUUUUCAACGAUGUUCUCAUAAUUACUAAAAAGAAAAGUGAGGACAGCUAUGUGGUGACCGAUUACGUGAAAACAGAUCAGUUUGCCGUCGAUAAGAUUGAGAAUGGAGAGGGCCCGAUUUCUCCCAUUGUUAAAUCCGGGACCCUUGGUAACCGCAGUCCAACAGGGCCGUUUCUGUUCCAAAUCACAAUGAAGAAAAUCAGCGAAGCGCGUCAGGAGCAGAUUGUGCUGGCAGCCGACGCCCUGAGUGACAGGGCGCGGUGGAUCACAGCGCUUGAGAUGAAAGAAGAAAAUAAGCGAUAUAGCAAAUCCAAGACCAUAGGGUUGCGUCAGGUAGAGAUAACAAAAGCUUAUAUGGCCAAACAAGCUGAUGAGGUCUCGCUGCAGCAUACCGAUGUGGUUUUGGUCCUCCAAGAAGAAGAUGGCUGGUAUGAGGGGGAGCGGUUGCGAGAUGGAGAAAGCGGCUGGUUUCCACAGACUUGUGCUAAAGAAAUCACUAACCAGACAGCUGUCGAACGGAACGUGAAGCGGAUGGAGAGACUGAGGAUCGAAACAGACGUGUAGAUGAAUUUAGGACGGGCUUUAUACUGUACCACACGGACACUCCGGGAUCCCAUACACACUGCCUUAUCGGAGACAUUGUCUAGAUUUCAAACUAUUUCCCAUGUGAAGAUUUCUGCAAGCUUUCUUCUUAUCCAAUGGACACUGGACACGGCCCUCUUGAUUCAUCGUCCUCAUUUCAUCUCCCAUAUCAGGCCGGUACAUUUGUUCUCCCGUUUUUUUUUUGGACGCAUUUUCAGUUCAUCUCCUUUUUAUAUUGUUCCUUUUUUCAUUUAUUUGAUCUGUGGUGCUGAUUACACCUUCAACUUUCAGUCUUUUUUUUUGUUUUGUUUUUGUGCUUUGUAAAUGACGUUUCCCUCAAAAACAAAAUAACACUAAAAAAAAUUUUUUUUUAAAGAAAACCAAUCACAUCUUAUCUAAACACAGAGUAUUCAUAAUUAAUGUGCCAAGGUUUUUAUAUAAUCUUCCUGGGGAGGAUGUUAUGAGAGAUGCAUAUUCUGUAUAUGGUGCCAUACUAAUGAGCCCCACCCGCCUGCUCUUAACCACUUACCCAAGAUAUACCCAGCUGUGUAGCACAAAUGUCUUCUAGUACGUGGUAGACCAUAGCGGGACACUCCUUCAUAGCAGUUUUGGGGGUGCAGUAAUGUUGCUCUAGCACUACGGAUCCACUCUGCUAGCUCCGAGGUCAGGAUAUUGGUCAGCGCAGAAGUGGGGAGCAGGGAAGUGUUAAAUAAUAGAACGCAAUAGCUUGGCUACCCUAAAAUAAAUCUACCUAUCCUGCUGCCAAACAGACAUGUCUGACGCUGCGAUUGAGACUGUUUGCAAUUAGGUUUGUUUUUGGAGUCCUAGUACCUGGGGGGAAAUUGAAAUAGGGUGUGAGAAUCAGAAAGUGAGAGAU